CGCCCGUCCGCACCCUGCCACCAAACCACACGCAUCCUUUCCUUUCCCUCUUCACUUGGAGUUUGCCAUCGCCGUCGCCUUCGCCCACACGCGUUUUCAUUCCAUAGCGCUUCCUCCGCCCCGCGGCUUGCCCGCGCUAUAUUAAACCGGCGACCUCCCCGCCCAGGCAAGCUCACCUCACGCGGGGGUCAUACCCAGCUAGCCACCGCCACUACACGUGUACGAGCUCACUGAUCUCAUCUCAUCUCAAUUCUCACAGCCCGGGAGGACGGACUCCGACUCUCCGAGUGCGCGCGUUGAUCGCCCAUGGGCAACUACCUGUCGUGCACGCUGGCCAAGGCGCCGGGGCCGAGGCCCGGCGGCAAGCGCGCGAGGGUGAUACUCCCGGACGGCGGCGUCAGGCAGGUGGCGCUGCCGGCGACGGCGGCGGAGCUGAUGAUGGACGCGCCGGGCCACUUCCUCGUCCACGUCCACGCGCGCGGCGCGGGCCUCGGCCUCGGCGCGCGACUCGCCGCGCUGCCCGCGGACGAGGAGCUCCAGCUCGGCGCCGUCUACGCCACCUUCCCCAUGAAGCGCCUGGGCACGCCGCUGGCGGCGCCCGACCUGGCGCGCCUCGCCGCCGCCGCCGCCCGGGAGGCGCACCGGUCCGCCAAGGUGGCCAGCGCCGCCGUCGUCGCCGCGCAACCGCCGGAGGACGCGCCCAGGCUGCGGCUGGAGGAGAUGGUGGACGACGCGGCCGCCGCGGAGAUCGCCGUCACCAAGCACUGGGCCAGCGGUGCCCGGUCCAGGAGGCCCACGCUGGAGACCAUAGACGAGGAGAGUUACCUGUCGUCCAGAUAGAUAGUGGCCUACUUGCGAUGCGCUUUUCUUCUCCGUUUGGUUUUUUUUAAGCAUUCGGUUCAAACUGGAUGAACCUCAAAACAUAUGUGAUGGAAAGUAAGUAGAACGUACAGCCAUUUUUGUAAAAAAAUAAAAUAAAACAAAAUAUGCA